AUGAUAGCUAGUUUCUUUGACCAGUUCGCCAGCCCUUCUUUUGCAGGAGUACCUUUAAUUGCUAUUGCAUUAACAUUCCCUUGAAUCCUAUUUCCCUCGGCUUCAUCAAAAUGAUUAAGCAACCGAGUUGAAACACUACAAAACUGAUUUAUUGGUCGAUUUACAAAUCAACUCUUACUACCACUAAACCAAGAAGCACACAAAUGAGCCCUUUUAUAUGCAUCCUUAAUAAUUUUCCUUAUUAGCCUCAAUAUGCUUGGUCUUCUACCCUAUACUUUUACACCAACAACACAGCUUUCUUUAAAUAUAGGACUUGCCGUCCCAUUUUGAUUAGCCACAGUAAUUAUUGGCUUACGAAAUCGCCCUACCCAUGCACUAGGACAUCUCUUGCCCGAAGGCACACCAACACCUUUAAUUCCUAUACUUAUUAUUAUUGAAACUAUUAGCCUCUUUAUCCGACCUAUCGCACUAGGGGUACGAUUAACCGCUAAUUUAACUGCCGGCCACCUUUUAAUUCAACUCAUUGGCACCGCAACAUUUGUCCUAUUUCCAAUAAUAACAACAGUAUCCAUCUUAACUGGACUAGUUUUAUUUCUUUUAACCAUGUUAGAAGUAGCAGUUGCUAUAAUCCAAGCUUAUGUUUUUGUCCUACUACUUAGCCUGUACCUACAAGAAAACGUUUA